CACUUUGCUCCGAACUUCACAUAGGAAAUCUGAGAUUCAGAGCAACUUAUGUUUUUGGCUUGUAAUCGUGGAUCAUGGGGUGAUCCAGAAAUAAACUCCACACUUCAAAGAGGGAAAGAGUUCAGAGCUGCUCUGCAGAUUAUCAACACAGAGAGACAGGAGAGAGAUGCAUCCAAAGGGGGAAUGUACUUUUAUGAAUUAAGAAUUCACCAAGGAAAAUAUCUCUGGGCAAACUUCAUUUGCUAGAGAAACCACAAGGUUUUCUUUUUUGGCCGUUUCUUCUGAUUUAACGGAAAAGCAGAAGAUGACGACCCAGAUUACUGUACCAAGAAAUUCACAAGCAGGAACAAUAGGACAUGAAGACUAUAGUCUGUACAGUAGUAUGAGUGAAGAUGAGCUCAUUCAGAUGGCCAUAGAGCAAAGCUUGACAGAAGAUCCUGCAGAGCAAGUAGCUGCACAGAAGAACAUCAUGGUGACAGCUCCAAGGGACCAGGUCAUUGCAAAUCCUCCUUGCAAUCAUAAUCCACCAUUUGCAAUUUAUCCUUGGCAAAGAAAUGCUGCACAGUCCAGAGGCCAGACUCAAGCUUCCAGCUCCGGGUCAUCUCAAGGGGUAAGACGGAGGUACAACGGCACCUUGUUUGCCUCACCCCAACAAGAAGUGUUAGAUCCUCUAGUGACAGCAAUCCAGAAAGGAGAUGAAAAGGCUCUAGAUGAUAUGAUAAAAUCAGGAAGAAACCUUGCACAGCCUAACAAAGAUGGAUGGUUGCCUCUACAUGAAGCUGCUUACUAUGGACAAGAGGGUUGCCUGAAAUUCCUGCAUAAAUCUUAUCCUGGGACAAUUGAUCAGCGUACCCUUCAGGAAGAAACAGCACUCUUCUUAGCAACAAACAGAGGAAAUAUUGAUUGUGUGCGUGCAUUGCUUCAGGCAGGAGCAGAACCUGAUAUUGCAAAUAAAGCGAGGGAGACACCACUUUAUAAAGCCUGUGAACGCAAAAAUGCUGAAGCCGUACAGGUGCUGUUGCAGUACAAUGCUGACGCAAAUCACCGUUGCAAUCGGGGAUGGACUGCUCUCCAUGAAGCUGUUGCUCGAAAUGAUUUAGACAUAACAGAACUCUUGAUCAAAGGAGGUGCCAAGAUUGAUGCUACAAAUUGUUAUGGAAUCACUUCUUUAUUUGUGGCAGCUGAGAGCGGUCACUUAGAAGCUUUGCGAUACCUUGCCAAGUGUGGUGCUGACAUUAAUACCCAGGCCAGUGACAAAGCCUCUGCACUCUUUGAAGCUGCUAAAAAUGGCCAUGAGAAGAUUGUGGAAUUUCUCUUGUCCCAGGGUGCUGAUGCUAACAAAGCCAAUAAGAAUGGGUUCUUACCUAUCCACAUGGCCUCUAAAAAAGGCUAUUACGAGAUUGUGAAAAUGCUUCUCCCAGUAACCAGCCGCACUCGAAUCAAGCGCAGUGGUAUCAGCCCUCUGCAUCUGGCAGCUGAAAACAAUCGCGAUGAUGUCUUAGAAGAGCUUAUUGAGGCUGGUUUUGAUGUGAACGCCACUCUCUCAGAGGAACGUUCCCGUCUUUAUGAAGACAGGCGCACCAGUGUCCUCUACUUUUCAGUCAUUAACAACAAUAUCUAUGCUACUGAGCUGCUUCUGGAGGCUGGGGCCAACCCCAACAUUGACCUCAUCAACCCACUGCUCAUAUCCAUCCGCCACGGUUGCUUGAAGACAAUGAAGCUGCUUCUUGACUACGGAGCCAACAUUGAUGCCUACAUUGCCUCCCACCCUACUACUUUUCCUGCUACCAUCAUGUUUUCAAUGAAGUACCUUUCUCUGUUGAAAUUUCUGAUGGAUUUAGGCUGUGAUGCCUACUCCUGUUUUAAGUGUCAGUAUGGGUGUGGCCCACAUCCUCCCAUUGAUACUAGAAGGGACAGGUAUAAUGACCAACAGGUGAAUAAACAGCAAAACAGUGUACAGUUUUGUGAAAUGGUUUCAGCACCGGAGAUAAGUCGUUGGGCAGGACCGAUUAUUGAUGUUCUUUUGGAUUACGUGGGCAAUGUGCAACUUUGUUCCCGGCUGAAGGAGCACAUUGAUAGUUAUGAAGGGUGGUCUAACAUUAAAACCAAAGCAGAGCCACCAAGGCCACUUGUUCACCUCUGCCGCAUCAAAGUUCGAAGUCUGAUUGGGAAGAACCGUAUUUCUCUUAUUGACUCUUUGCCUCUACCAGGAAGAUUAAUUCGCUAUUUGCAACAUGAUUAUAGGCACUGACCUUGGAUGAGCCUGUCAGUCAAUCAUUUCAUGGAGUGACAGCCAUAUUUAUGACAGAGCACACAAUCAAAUGAUGGGGUCAGACUGAUAUAACAGAAGAAAGAUUUUGCUUUGCCAUGUAAGAAGUUUAAAAAAAAAAAAGAUGUCAGCAUGGAAGGAGAUGAUCUAGCAAUGUUAAAUGUAUGGAUAACUGGAGAUGAUCCAGCAAUGUUAAAUGUAUGGGUAACUGGUGAGAAAUAUCAGGUUAAAGGAUACUAGGAGCAAGUGGCAAAAGAGCUUGUAUGCUAUCUUUUAGAGAAAUUCACCUUGAAUUGCUGAGCACAUCAGUACUAUGAUGGUAUGCAAGGAGGAGAGAGUGAAAGAGCACAUGGGACAAGUUCACAAAGGCAAUCACGAUUAUCUCAUAAUACACUCUCACAUAGAUAAAUGUAGUAUAUGAGCCCAAUUAUAAGGCACACAACAACAUCAGAAUGGUUAAAUGGGCAAAGAUUAUUGCAGCACGGUUUUCUAGAGUGAUACAGCUUUCUAGCUGUUUUUUCAUUCACAUUUUUCUUCUAAUUUAGCUGGCUUUUUCUAUUAAAGUUGAUAUUUUCAGUGAUAAAUAUCGAGGGCCUUCAGCAAUUUUUGUUGUUGUUGCACAUAACUCAUAUUUUAAAGAGUUGGUAUUGUAAAGAAUAUUUGGCCUGCGUUCCAUUAUUUCAUCUUAACACAAAGCCCACUGAGCUAAUGGUUGUGCAUUUUCAGAUUAGCAGAAAGGUGGAUGCCAAAAGAGUUAUUGUCCAAGUUGCAUAAAAUGGUUGUACAGCUGUUUGCACAACCAUUUACCAAAUAUUCAAUCCAAUGCAACUGCACUAGAAGGGAUUUUCAUUCUGCUAGUGAUAAAUUGGAUUUUUGCCCAUGGCAUCCUCAAAAAAAAAAAAAAAAAAAAAAAGGUAAGAACAGAAUGAUUCUUAAAGAUUUAACCAUAGGGGAUGUGUAUAUCAUGUUAAAUAGUCAUAAGAAUCAUACAGGAUUAUAAUUUAGUUUGUUAUAGCACAGCAACCUUCAAUUCUGAUAUCACUGAAGCCAAUAAUGUUUAAUCCUAUUAUAGCAAUAAUGAUUAGGGUCCUACAUGGCUUCAGAAAGACUUCAGAAGAAACAUAUAGAACUUAUGUUGCUGUAAAACAUUAUGAUUUUCAUAACUGUCAGGAGAUAAUAGGCUAGCUUCUGAUCUAGUAGUUUAUUUUAAUUUGAUUGUGGAUUUGGAAUCCUGAUAUAUAGCUGUAUGAUAUCUAAACAAAGGCUGAAACAGAGUAGUCUUCACAUCCUAUACUUUAUAUGACCUAAAUAGAGGCUAAAUAGCAAUAAAAAUUACUCCAGAAUGAAACUGUAGUUUGCUUGGGAUACAUUUAAAUGAGCUAAUAAAGUGAUCCCUUACAAUGUCGCUGAAAGCAAAUUCAUUUUCAGAGGGGGCUGUGAUUAUAAUUGGUUGGCAUUCUGUUCAUGUUGAACACUUCCAUAUGAUCUUUUUAUGUCUUCUUUAUCCUCUUUAUAAUAUAUAUUGGCUAAAUAGAUCCCUGAUGUAUAUAAAAAAUUCCAUAUAUAGAUUAUAUCUAGAAUCUUGAGCUUUGAUAAGAUUUUGUUUCUUUUUGAAAAGUGACAAUAAUAAUCCUGGUGACUCUAAAGCCCAGCUACCUAAAUAGAAUCAAGCAGACUAUAUCUUCUAACAUUGCAAUGCAGGGCUGUGGCAUAAUAAACACUGUAGGAUACAGAACACAGCAGUUUUUGCUAUUGAGUAAAAGAAAAUAUCCCCAACAAUCUUACCAAAGUUGCAAGUUUACAUUAAGCUUAAAAGUUUUUUUUAAAAUAUUUGAAUUGUGAAUGGAACAAUGAUAUUGUUUUUGAAUCUAAAGUCCAGUGUGCAUGAAGGAGUUGAAGAGUCAGUUGGCUCAGGAUUUUAAAAGGGAAAAAGUCACUUUUCUGUUAUCCAAUACUGUAUAUUGAAGGAUAAGCAUCACAGAAAAGGCUUUCCUAAUUUUUCUUCCAUCCCACAUGAAGAACACUCACAUGACCAUAAACCAUGAACAACGGCAAUUAAGUGAUUACUCUGCAGAAAAAAGUUAACACAAACCUCAGGAGAUUAUGUACAUAAAGAGAAGAAGAAAUGGUCCAUUGAAAAGUUCCCUGGGUAACUGUGCUUUCACUUGAUGUUGCCAUCCUUUUUAUACAGUUGGUUUACAUUUAUUUGCACAUAGUACAUGCUACCUCUCACUCAUUUUUUUUCCACCUACGUAGCAGUUGAGCUAUAUGUAGAGAAAUAUUUUCAUGCAUAGGUCAGCAAAAUCUGGUUUGCAGGAGACUAAUGUAUUAGAAAAAUUAAAACUCCUUGAGCACUGGAUUAAUACACACAAAACUGUCUUUUUGGGGGGGGGGGUGACAGGCCCUAUAGUUAGUAUAUGGCCUUCGAUUGCUCCAGUGAUUUUCUAAUAAACUUGAGUUUUAACUAAUUAUUUCACCAGUUAUAACAAAUUUGUAUAAAUUAUCUUUUUAUAAAAAGUCAAUGCAUCUGUAUAAAAAUGAUUGUAAAUUUGAAAGAUGGAACAGUUAGGACUUUAUAACAAGUCUAACAGUCCCAGUAUAUAGAAUGCAGGCAUAUAUUAAUGGAUGAUGGUGAUAGAAAAUUCCUUAGCAGCAUAUAUCAGAUAUUCAAGGAAUAUUCUAUGACUUUUUCCACACUGUUGCCUGAUUGAUGUAUUAUUUCUAUAGACACGUGUGCAAUCUGUUUUAUGUAAUAAGGCACUUUUGAACUUUGGUUUUGUUACAGCUUUUUAAAACUGUGGUAUUUGAUCACAGGAAAUGAUGUGUGUGUGCAGUAUUUAUAAAAGUGUUAUAUUUUUAGGUUUUAUUGUUUGCAUUAAAUUUGAGUAAAAUUGU